CAGGUCUCGGGCCCUCAGGCGGAGCGGCGGGCGCCGGACCCCCAGGAGGAGCGACAGGUCUCGGGCCCUCAGGCGGAGCGGCGCGGGCGCCGGACCCCCAGGUGGAGCGACAGGCGGGGCGGCGGGGCGCCGGAUCCCCAGGCGGAGCGGCGGGCGCUGGACCCCCAAGCGGAGCAACAGGUCUCGGGCCCCCAGGCGGAGCGGCGGGCACCGAGACACACCAGGCACGACAGUGGGCUCCGAGUCAACUGGUAUGACCGCAGGCACUGGGUCAGACAUUGGAUGGUCUGGCUGGACAGCGGGCAUCGGGUCACCAGGCAUCAGGUCAUUUGGCUCGACAGCGGGCACCGCGUCAUCUGGCAAGGCAGUGGGCUCCGAGUCAACUGGUAUGACCGCGGGCAC